UGCGCCGAUUUCCCACAACACACAAUACACACACAAGAAGCACACCACUGCGAGCACACACACACCCACACACACACACACACACACACACACACACACACACACCUUCAUUCAAGCAUCUCUCCCCCCCCCCAACUCUCUCUCUAUCACACACACUCACACACACACACACACACACGCAACGAUGGAAGGAGCAGUGCAGGCCCUGGAGCCUGUGCGUGCGUGGUUGAAGACCGCAAGCGAGCACGUGAUGGAGUUUGUGCGUGAGAAGCCCGUGGUGAGCGGCGUGGUUGGCGGUGCAGUGGCACUGGGCUUCGGCUACUACAUGUCCUUGCGACCAGUGUACUACGACUUCAACAAGAUCUGCGGGCAGUUCAACGACAAGAACCUGGACGUGGACCCGUACUUCUUCGACCCAAGCAAGUUCGAUUGGGUGCCCAUGGUGGAGUCAAACUGGAAGGUGAUCCGGCAGGAGCUCGAGGAGUACUUGGACAGCCAGCCGCUCCAGCCAUACUUUGGCGGCAACCUCAUGUCCAAGAAGCAGUGCUGGCGCGUCCUUGGCCUCAAGUUCUGGGGGCUCAACCACUCGGAGAACCAGAAGCACUUCCCAAAGACCAUGGCCAUCCUCAACAAGGUCCCUGGCCUCAGCCUCGUGGCCUUCAGCCAGAUUGAGGGGGGCACCGCCAUCACCCCGCACCACGGGGACACCAACGCCAACAUCCGCUGCCACAUGGGCCUCGUGGUUCCCGGAACCCUGCCGGAGAUUGGCUUCCAAGUCGGCGACCAACAGAAGAGCUGGGAGGAAGGAAAGAUCCUGAUGUUCUGCGAUGCGCACCGCCACACGGCGUUCAACAACACCGACAAGACGCGCAUCAUCCUGCAGUUUGACGUCAUCCGCCCGGAGUUUGAGAACCAGCGCACCCUCAUCUCCGCCCGCGUCCUCGCCUCCAUCUGCACACAGAAGAUCAUGCUGCACGUGCUGCCGUGCAUUCGUGGCCACAAGAUACCACUUCGCGCCAUCUACUACACCCUCAUCCCUUUCCUCUUCGUCCCCAUCAUCACCCAGAUUGGCUCGCUCUGGCUGUUCAACUUCUUCCUCGACAACUCCUCAAAGAAGAAGGACACCAAGGCUUAACUCACGCUGGAAUUGUUUUUGACUCGUGUGUGUCUCGUAGCAGAGAGAGAGAAAAUGUGUGUAUAUGUGUGUGUGUGUGUGCGGUGCAUCAACUCCCCGUGUGUUUGUUCUCUGCAUGCAUCUUGUGUUCACCCUGACGACCUGUGGCUGUUUUCCACCCCAGUGGCUUUCCCACCACAACCAGCACCAAACCCAUAGUUGUUGUUGUUGUUCCUGCUGCUGUUGUUGCUGCUGCCUGGCUUGCUGUUUGUAAUCGAGCGUACACCUUAAACCACCCCACGUUCUGUUGUCCUUGUCGGCAUACCGCGGUUCAGAGCCAAUGUUACAUGUUCAUGUCAGUGUUGGUACAACCACGGGUGGGCGAGAUGAUGUGCCACAUCACAUUGUCUUGAGCUAAUGAAAUACAAAAAAAAAUACAAACACAAAGCCACG